GUCAGUUGAGGGUAGGUCAUCUACCGGUGGGAAAGUUGAUUUCGCGUUCUCUCGCCUUGCCGUCGAAGUGCUCCGUGCAUUUAGCUAUGCUUUGUUUACAUCCGUGAUUUCUAUUUUAAAAAAUCUACUUAAAUAUUUUUCAUUUCUUAUUCAGUGAAGUGUUUAUGUUAGACUCAUCAGCGAGAUUUUAUUUCGUUAUUUUUCGAGAAAGUGACAUGCGAUCGUUUCCUUGGAAACCAACCCAAGCCAUCGGAAAUGACAGUGAAUCUUAGGCCUAGUCAUCGACGGCCGUCACGUUCCAUAGCCCCAGGGCAAACGGCUAGAUUCGCUGCCGGCGUUCGAAGAAUUCUUUAAAUUUAUCAUGGCUGUAUCGGAUAAUUAUUUAAAAUGGACUAAGAUGCUUAGUGUUUUAUUAAUUAUUAUUUCACUUUCUCAAGUGCUUAGUUACGAUGUUUAUGUGCCAUCUGAGAAUAAUAAAUUAGGCACUGUGAUUUUUAACGCCAGUCUUGGCGCGGGUCGGACGUAUCGUCUGGAUAUUACAAGAACCCCGGUGUAUGUGCGUCAUCUUGUGCGAGUGGACCCCAGGAGCGGUGUGAUUGUGUUACGAAGAACUUUAAGAUGUUCUACUGCAAAACUAGCAAAUUUAGCACCGAAUCCGUUUAGUUUUUACGUGGAAUCCAGAAGUUUUCGACUUAGCGGUUCAGAAACAGAAUCAGUUGUGAUGCCUGUACGAGUGCGUUUUGGACACAGAACAUGUCCUAGGCAUAAACGGAUUAAUUUAAAAAGUUUUGUUGCUGAGAAUGUUGUUUUUCUCACCGUCGCAUCUUCUCAGAAGAAAAUGAUAAAUAAAUUCUACAGUCCUAAAUCGAAUUCAAGCGAUAAAGGGAAUAAUGACAUUAUUUUUUAUGGAAAUGAUACUUCUGAAGUAACGGCGUGUUUUAUGAGAAGUCAAUUGAUUGCAGAUAUUGAUAAAAUCAUGCCUUUCGGAGUGUUGAAUAAUUGUGUUGUGCAGUUUGGUCAACCGUCGGAUAGUAGGUAUGCGAUUGAGGUUUUCGGUUCAGAUCUGGUGGCGCGGGAGGAUUUUUGUGAGGAUUCACCAUCUUGGCAGGUUAGUUUUACCUUUACAUUAUCUUGUCCUUCUUUAACUCAUGAUAAAACUCCUGAAGUUUCAAAUCACGAAAUUAAAAUAAAUUUUCACCUACUUGGUGAGCCGUCAGAUAAAACAGCAGCAACUGCUAAGCGUGCUGGUAGGCAUAGGAGAGAUAAUAGACGUAAAGAAAACAAAGCUCCUUAUUUUGAUAGAGCUUUAUAUGUGGUUACUGUCCCCGAAGAAAAGGACAAAGGUUAUGUUGUUGCUACUAUGGUUGCGAGAGAUCCUGAAAGCGAUGAAGUUGUGUAUAGCCUUCACGCUGUGUUAGAUGCUAGGAGUCAAAAUAUGUUUUCUAUAGAUUCAGUUACGGGUAUAGUUACCACCACUGCUAGUUUAGACAGGGAAUUUAUGGAUGUUCAUUACCUACGGGUAACAGCGGUUGACAAUGGUUUACCACAAAGAACGGGUACUACCACUUUGCAGAUUAACGUAAAUGAUGAAAAUGAUCAUGCUCCGGCCUUUGAGCAAAACAUGUACGAAGCUUCCAUUCGAGAAUCAGCUUCUAUUGGGUCCACUGUGGUUACGGUUAGGGCAACUGACCAAGAUUCCGGUUCCAAUGCUGAAAUUGAGUACAGCAUUCUUAAUCCUAGUGGAGUUAAUGAUGUGUUUAGGAUUGAUUCAAAGACUGGUAUUAUUACAACGAGAGGUCCUUUGGAUAGAGAAAAUACUGCAUUUUAUUCAUUGAUUAUUCAAGCUAGCGAUUUGGGUUUAGUCGUUGACCGAAAAACAGCUACUACGUCUGUUGAGAUAACAGUUCUCGAUGACAAUGAUAACUAUCCUCAAUUCACUGAUAAGUCGUAUACCGUUGAAGUUAAUGAGGAUAUUAAUUGGUUGAAUAAUCCUGUCAUUGCGAAAGUUAAAGCUGUUGAUUAUGAUUCUUCUACAAAUGCAGCUGUGCGCUAUUCUCUGAUCGGUGGCAACACUCAGGGACGUUUUGUGAUUGAUAGCUUAAGUGGUGAGAUUACUGUUGUUUCCCCUCUUGAUUAUGAAUCGGCUCGUAAUUACAGGUUAGUGGUUAGAGCACAAGAUGGUGGUUCUCCUGCAAAAUCCAAUACAACUCAAGUUCUAGUAAAAGUUAAGGACAUAAACGAUAACGAUCCCAAAUUUUAUUCUUCUUUAUUUCAAGAAUCGGUGGUUGAAAAUGUUCCUGUUGGUCAUAGCAUAGUUAGAGUGCAAGCUUACGAUCCAGAUGAUGGAAAUAAUUCAUUGAUAUCUUAUAAUAUUCAGCCUAGCGCUUAUUCCAACAUGCCUAUUGAUAUUAAUAAAGAUACUGGGUGGAUUGUGACUACAAGAAUUUUAGACAGGGAAGAAAGCUCUAUGUAUGAUUUUACAGUACUUGCAUCUGAUCAUGGUUCUCCAGUCAGAUCAGCUACGGCUAGUGUUAUCGUACGCAUUCAAGAUGUAAAUGAUAAUGAUCCCGUGUUUGAACCAAAGAUGUAUGGAGCUUCAGUUUCAGAAAUUGAUCCUCCUGGGACUCCUGUGAUCAGCGUUACAGCAACAGAUAAAGAUGAAGAUCCUCGCUUGAUUUAUCAAAUAACAAAUGGAAAUAUUAGAGGAAGGUUUAAUAUCAUUAGCCAAAAUAGACAAGGCUUGAUAUCUAUUGCUCAACCUCUUGAUUAUCGUUUAGAGAAACGGUUUGUCUUGACCGUAACUGCAACUGAUUCUGGCGGCCGUUUUGACACUGCAACUGUCUACAUCAACAUUACAGAUGCAAAUACUCAUAGACCAAUUUUUGAGCAUACUCCAUACACGGGUAGUGUAGCUGAAGAUUCUCCUGUUGGAACAACUGUGCUUGUGGUCGAGGCUUCUGAUGGUGAUGUUGGAGAAAAUUCGAGAAUAACAUACUCAAUGGAUGAAGAUGUGCCAGAGUUUCGCAUUGAUCCUGCAACAGGAGCAAUAGUGACAACCAGAUUACUAAACCGUGAAGAAAUGACUGGUUACACCAUUGUUGUCACGGCAAUGGACAAUGGAUCUCCUCCACUGGCUGAUACAACCAAUGUGGAAAUUGAAGUUUCAGAUGUGAAUGAUAAUCCUCCCAAUUUUGAUCCUAGUUCGUACGUGAAUGCAGUUAGUGAGGAUGCUUUGGUUGGUACUAGUGUGCUUCAGAUAUUUGCUACUGAUAAAGAUUUAGGUUUGAAUGGUCAAAUACGGUAUACAUUUAGUGGUGGUGAUAAUGGUGAUGGUGCUUUUCGUGUUGACCCUACAUCUGGAAUCAUUAGGACGAAUCGUAUGCUUGAUAGGGAAUCAGUAUCUUUAUACAAUUUAGUUGCCUAUGGUGUAGACAGAGGUUCUCCUCCCCUUUCCUCAUCUGUAACCAUAACUAUUUAUGUUGAAGACGUGAACGACAACCCUCCGAGAUUUAAGUCGGAUAAACUAAAGCUGACGAUACCAGAAAAUAGCCCAAUUGGAUCACUUGUUGGUGAAGUUAAAGCUUAUGAUCCUGACGAAGGUCCGAAUGCAGAAAUUCAAUAUAGUAUUGUUGGUGGACCAGACGCUGAUUCUUUCAAUUUAGUAUCAAGACCUGGUGAAGCAGCUGAAUUGACUACUCGAAUCGAAUUAGAUUACGAAUCGAGUAUUAAGAAAUAUAGUGUUAUAGUUCGCGCGUCUUCACCCCCACUGCGCAAUGAUGUUGACGUUGAAAUCCACGUGACAGAUGUGAAUGAUAAUGCUCCUGUGCUUAAAGAUUUUACAAUAAUGUUUAAUAAUUACAAGAAUUAUUUUCCUGUGGGUCCAUUCGGUAAAGUGCCUGCAUUUGAUGCUGAUGUUACUGACCAUCUACGUUAUAAGAUAUCCUCUGGGAAUAAUGCUAAUCUUCUUAUCCUCAAUGAAACUACUGGAGAAUUAAAGCUCAGUCCAAGCUUGAAUACCAAUGUGCCUAUUCAUGCUGUUAUGGAAGUCAGCGUUUAUGAUGGCAUCAACGAAGUACACGCUGAGUGUCAGCUGAAGGUGCGACUGGUGUCAGAGGCUAUGUUGUUCAACAGCGUCACCGUCAGACUCGACGACAUGUCACAGACAGCCUUCCUUUCCCCCCUCUUCGAUUAUUUCGUGGAGGGGGUGGCCGCCAUCGUGCCAUGUCCCAAAGAGAACAUAUUUAUAUUCAAUGUACAGGAUGAUACAGAUGUGGAAGCAAAGAUACUGAAUGUCAGUUUUUCUGUUCACCGACCUGAUUCUCGAGACCCGGAUGAGUAUUACUCCCCCCACUAUCUUCAGGAAAGGGUGUAUCUGAAUCGAGCCAUUUUGGCUCGAUUGGCCAAUGUUCAGGUCCUACCAUUCGAUGACAACUUGUGUGUCCGAGAGCCAUGCGUCAAUUUCGAAGAAUGCCUCUCUGUAUUGAAGUUCGGAAAUGCUUCUGGAUUUAUAUCUUCUGACAGUCUCCUAUUUCGUCCCAUCUAUCCUGUGAAUACUUUCGCCUGCAGGUGUCCACAGGGAUUCACAGGAAUGAAACACAAGUAUGAAUGUGACACAGAAGUAAAUUUGUGCUUUUCAAGUCCAUGCGGACCAAAUGGUACAUGCAUCAGAAAAGAAGGUGGCUACACCUGCAUCUGCCGUGACGGAUUUGCGGGUAAGAACUGUGAGAUCAAUUUGUGGGAGGACAGGUGCGGGGAGAUAUCUCGUUCUGUAUGUCACGGCGAUUCCCACUGCAUGAAUCUAGGAGAUGGAGGUUUCGGAUGCGAGAAUUGCUCCCAAGCAUCCUGGAGUACUCGAUUGUGUGAAUUGCGAGCUAGGAGUUUCUCUAGAGGAUCAUUCCUGACCUUCCCGUCUCUCAGGCAAAGGCACAGGCUCCACAUCAGGCUCAGGUUUGCGACACGUCAAAAGAAUGCUCUAAUCCUUUACAAUGGACGUUACAACGACAAGCACGACUUUAUUGCAAUGGAGAUCAUUGACAGUCAAUUGGUUGUUUCCUUUUCACUGGGCUCCAAUGUCUCAGAAGUAUCUGCCCGAAUACCCGGAGGGUUAAGCGACGGUCAGUGGCAUGAGGCAGAACUCACAUACCUCAACAGGACUGCAAUCUUGAGUGUGGAUGGCUGUGAUACUGGUGUUGCCGUGAAAUAUGGCGAAGAACUAAGCUACAAAUGUGCGAAUUCUGUUACUCAUACAUUGGAGCCUAGGUGUGCCGAUUUGAUGCAAACUUGUUACAGAUUCCUUGACUUAACUGGGCCAUUGCAAAUCGGUGGAUUGCCUGCUUUGCCAUCAGAUUUUCAGAUAAAAAAUAAGGAUUUCAUUGGAUGCAUCAUGGACUUAUACAUUGAUCAUAAAAUGGUUGAUCUUAAUUCGUUUGUUGCUGAUAAUGGAACGUUGAUUGGUUGUCCCCAAAAGAAGGGAUUUUGUCAUUCACAGCCUUGCCUGAAUGGAGGAACUUGUGAAGAAGGCUGGGGCUCUUUUGUGUGCCAUUGCCCACCAGGAUUUGGCGACAAAGAUUGUAGUGCGAAUUUCUGGAAGCAACUGGAUAGAGACAUUGAACCUGUGAGACAUUUUACGGGUGAUGGAUUCCUUAUUUUUACCCCUCAUCUUCGACCCAUUCAGACAGAAUGGCCAAUCAGUGCAUCGUUCAGAACUCGGCAGAAAGAUGGUCUAUUAAUUAAGGCGCAACUUGGUCAGACCAGUUUUGUACAGCUUGAGUUAUCAGAUGGAUUUUUGAAGUAUACAUUCAACGAUCAGUCCUUCAUGUUGAAGGAUGUGGCUGUGAAUGAUGGCAUAUGGCACAAUGUUGAAGCAAAAUGGAUGCCUGCUGGAGUUUGGCUCAAUUUGGAUUAUGGCCAAUAUGAAUCGGUUCAGCAUCUAGAAGGUCACAUCAGAGGUUUGUAUGUUGGGAAAGUAUCAGUCGGUGGUGUACAACCUUCAGAAGGUCCAGAAAAUUUGGUGUUCUUCAAUGGAUGCAUCCAAGAUGUAAGAAUAGACAUGAACAAAGAUGCCUGGUUGAGACCCUCUCUUGAGAGCAAUGUAAGGGAGGGUUGCAGAACACAAAAUCCAUGCCAUGCCAAUCCAUGUCCAUUGAACAGCACAUGCAUUGACCUUUGGGACAAAUAUGAAUGCCAGUGUGAUAUGGGAUUUGUGGGUAAAAACUGCCUUCCUGUCUGUGAAGUAAAUCCUUGUGCUCCUGGAUCUACCUGUAGAUCUUCUUCAAAGUUUUCGCUGCAUGAUAAUCAUAAAUAUGGAUACACUUGUGAAUGUGAUGGUUUGCACACUGGAGAGUAUUGUGAAGUGCCUCUGGACCACCCCUGUCCUUCUAACUGGUGGGGGUAUCCAAUCUGUGGACCAUGUCAUUGCGACACCAAUAAAGGAUAUGAUGCAAACUGUAACAAGACAAAUGGUGCAUGCACAUGUGAGGACAAACAUUUUCAACCCCUGCAUAGUGACAUCUGUUUUGAUUGUGAUUGUUAUGCAACUGGCUCUUUUGGAAACCGUUGUGACCCAAUCACAGGUCAGUGUAAGUGUAGAGCAGGCGUGAUUGGUCGCCGAUGUGAUUCAUGUUCCAAUCCAUUUGCAGAAGUAACUCUUAGAGGUUGUGAAGUUGUGUAUGAUGGAUGUCCUCAGUCUUUCAGUAUGGGUAUAUGGUGGGAUAGAACACUCUUUGACCAGGAAGCCUCACAUCCAUGUCCUAAAGGGGCAGUGGGUAAAGCCACUAGGUAUUGUGCCCCAGACACAGGAUGGGAAGACCCAGACUUAUUCAAGUGCACUUCAGAAACAUUUUUAGAAUUAGCUGAUCAAUUGGCUGUGAUUGAGAGAGACAAGCUACCUUUAAGUACUUAUUUUGCUGUAAAAAUAUCAUCUGAUCUAAGAAAGGCUACAAACUCAACUAAGAGUCUGUAUGGUAGUGAUAUACUUAUUGUAGACAGAAUGCUGAAUCAUGUUCUUAAUUAUGAAACUGAACAGGGAGGUCUCAAUUUGACGCAUCGUCAAGAUAAAGAUUUCAUACAAGGUCUAGUUGAAUCUGCCAGUAAAAUUCUUGAACCGAGAUAUACAUCCAUGUGGGAAAGAAUUGCUACAUUUACUGAUGCAGGACCUGAAAACCUGAUUCGCAUGUUUGAAGAUUAUGCAAAAACUUUGAUUCAAAACCAGGAAGACACAUUUACUGAACCAUUCGAAGUAGCUGCUAAGAAUAUGGUGUUUGGAUUAGAUACAAUAUCUGCCUCAGAACUGUGGUCAUUGCCUUCAGAUGGUUUUACUUCAAAUAAUCUGUCACUUUCUCCUGAAACUUCACAGUAUAUGGAUAUAAGUGAUUUUGAAAUUGGCCCUGCUGUUUUGAUACCAAAAUACAAUAAUUUUCCUAGACGUAAAAGCUUUUUGGAUGAUGUCACAAAAGCAAAAAUUCCACUAAAAAUUUUGAAUGUAAAGUCGAUUGAAGAGAAAAAACCCAAUAAGCAAAGAGUCAUGCUACUCUCCCGUGACUCUGCUGUGAUUGCUUACGCCAUCUAUCCAACUGCAGGACAAAUGCUUCCUCCUGGUUAUGAUUUAUCCAUAAGACAAAGAUUUGGUAUAACUCUAUCUGCUAACACACCAAUGAUGUCUAUAGUUAUCCAACCUGCAAAUUCUACAGAAAUUAUAAAACAAGAGUUAUCAUCAGAUAUAAAUUUCCAAUUCAGAAUUCAUGACACUUCAGAUCAUUCAAGUCCACAAUGUGUCUUUUGGGAUUACACAAUAGGACCUAGAGGCAAAUGGUCUUCAGAAGGUUGUACCACAUUGGGUAUGAACUUGAUAAGUGGGCGGGGCAUGCAACCCUAUGUGAAUUGUUCCUGUUCUCACUUAUCAACAUUUGGUGUUUUGAUGGAUAUAACAGAUAAAGAGUAUUUUAUGGAAGAGUCAACAGCUCAAGAUGUAGUUUCCUAUUUGGGCAUUGUGAUAUCACUCUUAAUGCUUUUAGCUGCUUUCCUUAUCUUCUGCCUUUUAAGGGGACCCCAGACAAACAGCAACAACAUUCAUAAAAAUCUUGUCGCCUGCAUCUUUCUUGCACAGCUUCUGUUUCUUAUUGCACUCAAGUUAAGACGUCCUUUAGUGCAGAGAGAAUUCCCGUGUAAAGUGAUGGCCAUAAUGCUUCAUUAUAUGUUUCUCUGUGUGUUUUCGUGGAUGUUCCUUGAGGCUGUUCAUCUCUAUAGGAUGCUGACGGAAAUGAGGGACAUCAAUCAUGGGCAAAUGAGAUUUUAUUAUUCUAUAGGAUAUGGUGCUCCUGCAAUUGUCGUAGGCUUGUCUGUUGGCGUAAGAGCAGAUCAAUAUGGAAAUUACUUUUUCUGCUGGUUAUCCAUUUAUGAAAGUGUUGUUUGGAGUCUUGUUGGUCCUAUUUGUUUUGUAGUUUUGUUGAAUCUUGGAGUUUUUGCUAUGGCUAUUCGAGCUAGUGUACAAAUUAAAGACACUGUCAUGGAUUUUGGAAACUUGAGGACAGUGUUGUGGUUGGGCAUUGUCCUUCUGCCUCUUCUUGGAGCUACAUGGGUUCUUGCUAUACUCUCUGUCAACGAAUCACUGGAAGUGCUUCACUAUAUAUUCUCUAUAUUUUCAUGUGUCACUGGAAUAUACAUAUUUGUAGGAUACUGUAUCAUUAACAAGAAGGUGAGGCAACAGCUGCACCACACAUGGGCUCGCAUGAGAGGAAAGAAGGUGCCUUACGAUGAGAGCCUGAGUGGUACAAGAACUACAGUGGUUUCGCGGUCAGCACUUGCAUACCAGAAUUCUUCCUUUGAUGUUUUGCAACGUAACAUGGGUAUAUCAACAUCCUCCACCACUAGCCGCUCUACCACCAAGACCUCAAGCAGUCCUUACCGCUCUGACUCUCAUCUUAAAAACACUUCCACUUCGACUUCUGUCGCUGGAUCUGAACCCAGGAGGAGAUCAUCUCGUAAAGGCUAUCUCUAUGGUCGACAUAGACACAAGCAUCGAGUUGCAGAUGAUCCUGAUACUGGUGAAAUUAACAGACGACGAGCAAAAGAUUCUGAUUCAGAAAGUGAUCUGUCACUGGAUCAUGCUUCCCUAGAUUUAGCAUCCAGUCAUUCUUCUGAUGAAGAUGAAUAUAGUAGAGAUACUUGGAAAAAGAAAUCUUCCAAAACACCACCAGAAGUGCCACCGAAACCUAAUAUAACUAUUGAAACAAAUAUUUAUGGAACUAACAUAGUUCCAACGAAGGGUUUUAAUCUUCCACCUCUUACACCAGGGAGCAUAGGGAGUAACAUUUCUCCCUAUUCACAAUACACAAGUUCCUGGGGAUUACCUCGCAACAUUAUCCCUUCAACUCCUGUGGGACCAAGUGAGGGAAUAGGUUUAACCGUAGGUCUUCCUACAAGAGAUCCCAUAGUGCCUUGGGGCAGAGGGAACACAAAUAGGGAAAAAGGAGGAAUUGUUCCCCAAAGACUGCAAGAUAUAUCCUCAUACCUUGAUCCUAAUUUCACUCCAGAACUUCUAGAUGAAGUGUCAAGCCCAGAACAACUACCUGUUCCUGAACGAUGUGACAGUCUUCAUUCAAGUGUGAAUAAUGUAAAUAAGGACUUAAAUAUUCCGACAACCCCUUCUGCAGGGGGAGACCAAGACUCGGAGAAAGAGACCAAUACCAAUGUCGCUUCUGCUGUUGAAGGAAAGAAAGUUGUUUUGCCUCAGUUGACAACUGCUGAAGUUUCAUCAGAAUCUGAGGAAAGUAAUGAGACAUCUGUGUGAUAUCACUUAAAGAAGGAUUUUUACUGAUAAUUUUUCAUAUGUUGAAGCUUACUCUGUUUAUAAGUGGAUGAAGAAAAUAUGUGAGCAUUAAAAAGAUUUUGUGAUGAUUGACAUUAAAGCCCACCAUGUCUACACUUUCCAUUGAACCAAUAUCUUGUUUUCUAGUGGUCCAUAAUGACUGCCCUUAGUAUAUAAUUUUUGUAAUAGUCCGAGUUAGAUAAUAUUUUUAUCACUUAAAGAUUGAUUCACGAUUCUAAGCCAAGUCUGGGUUGCCACUCCACAAAAAGAAAUAUAUAUAAUACAGGGAGAAAAUUAAAUAUAGGGAAUUUAAAAAUCACAAGCAAUAAUAGGGAAUUAUGAGUUUUUCCUUACAAACUGAGAAAAUACAGAGAAUUUUAUUUCUAAUUU